UAUGUAAUGUUAAGCCGAAAACGAAUGAUGCCUAAGCUAAACAUAGCCUUAAUAAUUGCGGGAAAACAAUUUUUUGGUAUAUACUGGCAAAUUUCCAACAUUACUUAGAAAACAAUGACAUCAGGACUAGAUAGCUUUGUUAACCAUACUGUUUCAAUCAUCACCUCAGAUGGAAGGAAUUUUAUAGGAACCUUGAAAGGAUUUGACCAAACAAUUAAUAUGAUUCUCGACGAAUCUCAUGAAAGGGUCUAUUCAACAACAACAGGAGUGGAACAAGUUAUGCUGGGUCUUCAUAUCAUCAGAGGAGAUAAUGUGGCUAUCAUAGGAUUAAUUGAUGAAGAUGUAGACAAUAGGCUAAAUCUGUCCACCAUUAAAGCAGAGCCCUUAAAUCCUGUUGUACAUUAAAGUAUUAAUUACAUAAUUUGACUUA